AUGAUCGACAUUUUGUUUCGUUUCAGUGUAGUGAACACUGCAUUCUCGACUAUAGGCAAAGAAAUCAAAGCGUUUUACUUCAACAAACUUAGUAAUCUUGGAGGAAUCUACUUACACCUGUUCAAAACAUGGAUUGCAUGCAUGUUCUUGGAAGAUGUUUGGCAACAAGAACUUGAAUGGCAGGCAACAGAGAUGACAUGCUUCCUGUUCCUAUUAACAUCUGCUUACCUAGAUUUGGUGCAUGCAGCUUCAAGUUACAUGUCCUUCUUGAAAGUUCCAUCAAUUAUGCAGGCAUCUGAAAUUAUACAGCACAUCACCUUCUUCCCAACACUCUGGACAUAUGCCCAGGCACAAGUAGUGAAAGCAGUAUUCUUUUUUCACGCACACCUUCUUGGAACAAACAACCAAUACAGCUGGAUAUCAUCUUGGACCAACCCAGGACUUUCUAUGCUUCUGCUGGCAUUGAUGUUGUACAUGUGCCACAGGGGAAAUGCUGGACAACGACGAGGAUCAAAGCGAAGGAAGUCAUCUGUCUAUGGAACACCCUUGACCAGAACACGUGCACCUUCAGCAAGAAUUCAGGCACGCAUACAGGCGGACACACCAUCACGAUCAACGCGUAGUCGACCUUCUGCCAGAUCAGGAGGAAAAUAAUUUCAAAUCCAUAAUUUUUACUGUUUUUGCUUAAACUUAUGCCUUUUUGUUAUGUUAUUGUUAUUAAUGUUUUAUUGAAAGUUUCCUCUUUUAUUGCAAUACUUGAUGCCCCCCUCACAGGGCUUUUUCUAUAGUACCCACCGGUCCGACUAUCGGACCCAUUCCCAAAGCAAAAUACAAGAUAUUUUUUCCCAAUCUUCAGAAAAAAAUCCCAAUCCAAAAAAAAAUAA